AUGUUAAACGGUCAUUCUCAAACACCCGAAUCAAGAAACGUUAUCUACAAUUUAAGCAUCUACGAUUUAACAGAACAGCACAAAAUUCUCUGGCGCUCAUCAGAAGACGAUGUAAAAAUGUGUCUUGUGAAAGGAAAAGAUGAUGAAGAGUGUCAAAAUUACAUUCGAGUGCUGACGAUGACGACGCCGGGAAUAUUGUUAGCAUGCGGAACAAAUUCUUUCCGGCCAAUGUGUCACUUCUACAAUAUAACUAGCAGUGAAUCUCACAUAGAGAAGUCGAAGCCAGGUCAAGCACUCUGCCCUUAUGGUCCGCAUCACAAUUCAACAUCAGUCUUUGUUGAUAAUGACCUUUACAUUGGAACAGAAGCUGAUUUCAGCGGUAACGAUCCAAUCAUUUAUCGUGAGCCACUCCAAACAGAUCAGUAUGACAGCUUGAGUUUAAAUGCACCCAAUUUCGUCGGAUCAUUUACGUUCGGUGAUUUUGUAUACUUUUUCUUCCGUGAAACAGCUGUUGAGUUUAUCAACUGCGGCAAAGCUGUUUAUAGCAGAGUCGCACGUGUUUGUAAAUGGGACAAAGGUGGUCCACAUCGCUUCCGUAACCGUUGGACGACGUUCUUAAAGACUCGUCUCAACUGCUCCAUUCCAGGAGAAUUUCCAUUCUAUUUUGAUGAAAUCCAGUCAUCCAGUGAUCUUGUAGAAGGAGCUUAUGGCAACACAAAUUCUCGCUUGAUUUACGGCGUCUUUAGUACACCAAAUAACGCAAUUGCUGGGUCAGCCAUUUGUGCGUUCUCCCUUCAGGAUAUUGCUGAUACAUUUGAGGGCAGUUUCAAGGAGCAACCUAGCAUAAAUUCCAAUUGGAUGCCGGUAAAUAAUGCAAAGAUUCCCGAACCAAGACCAGGCUCUUGUCAUAAUGAUUCUCGUGCACUGCCUGAAGCGACGUUGAACUUCAUCAAAACACAUUCGCUUAUGGACGAGAAUGUUCCGCCGUAUUUCGGACAUCCAAUUCUGACACGCGUUAGCACACAAUAUCGCUUCACACACAUCACCGUCGAUCCACAAAUUAAAACGCCAGGCGGCAAAACCUACGAUGUUAUUUUCGUUGGAACAGAUCAUGGAAAAGUGCUGAAAACAAUAAAUGCCGCAUCAGCAGAUGACUCAAGCAAAGUGUCAUCGGUGGUUAUUGAAGAGCUUGAUGUGCUAGCAAAGCCCGAACCAAUUAGGAACUUGAAGAUUGUCCGGACAAUGCAAUAUGAUCAACCCAAAGACGGUAAUUACGACGAUGGAAAAUUGAUCAUUGUUACUGACAGCCAAAUACUUGCUAUCGCUUUACAUCGUUGUAACAGUGAGAAAAUAAACAGUUGCAGUGAUUGUGUUGCACUGCAAGAUCCUUAUUGUGCAUGGGACAAAAUAGCUGGCAAAUGUCGUUCACAUGGCGCACCAAGAUGGACUGACGAGACUUAUUUCUAUUCUCAAGUGGCUACAGGUCAACAUUCUGCAUGUCCAUCAGGUAAAAUUGGAACAGGAAAGGAAACCAACAUCGAAUCACAAAAAGGUUAUCGCGAUGAAUUUGACAUGAGAAAUGGAAAGGAGGCGGGAAUCGUUCAAGAUAAGAGCUAUGAUGGAAUUGGUGGACCACAAAUAACAGCUGAUGCCAUAAACGCUCAAUACACUGUUGAGACUGUCGUGAUGGCUGUGAUUGCAGCCGCAAUCUUUGCCCUUCUAGUUGGCUUCAUCACCGGCUAUUUCUGCGGUCGACGUUGCCACAAAGAUGAAGACGAUAAUCUUCCAUAUCCUGACACUGAGUAUGAGUACUUUGAACAACGAUCAAAUAUUAAUCGUUUACAAACCGAACCGAAGUUAUUACCGCAAGUUGAAGAAGUGACAUAUGCUGAACCUGUUUUGCUACCCCAACCACCCAAUCCCAAUAAAAUGCAUCAACCGCCAAUGGGUUCACCUAAAAGUACUUUACGGAAACCCAUGAUGGGACAUCAUCAUGGUGGUGUCAAUUCCGAAACAUUAUUCCAGUUCCAACCAGAUGGUUACAAUCCACCACGUGACGGCUUUCGAGGUCGCGACAAUUUUGGAACAUUGAGAUCACAUCAAGGCGACAACUAUCGUCGUGAUGGCUUCUCAACAACUAGAAGCGUUAAAAAGGUUUACCUCUGAGACGGGAAUGGGGCGGCUGAUAAUCAAAACAUAAAUCAAACCAAUAAUUUAUCGAAUAACUUAAAUAAUCAUCAUCACAGCAACAAUCAACAGCAUAGCAUGAAUAUUAUAAGCAGCAAUAGCGAUAAAAGCAAUAAUUUGAAUUCGCAUCAUCGCAGCCAUCAUCAUCAUAGCAACAGCAACAGUUCACAUGGCACAACUGGAAAUCGAAUGCGAAGGCCGCCCCGACAACACGUUCAACAUCGUUCAGAAAGUCCACAAAACUCUUCCGGCUCAGGCUCGAGUCCGGCUUUAUCAAAUAGUAGUUCUAGUCCAGCACCUCCGAGUUCUCCCAGUCCACAAGAAUCACCGAAAAAUUGCAGCUAUAUCUAUAGAGAUUGAUUACAAUUUAAUACUACGCCGCCAUCUCUAAUGAAUGCAACUUCAAAUGCUAUCGCAACUGGAUCUUUUGACAAAUCUUCCAAUUCACCAUCGAAAGUUAAAGCUAUGGCAAAUACUUUGCAGCCGAAGAAAUCAUCGUCGUCAUCAUCACCACUGAGCAAGAUUAAAUUUCAUUCGAUAAGUAAACGUCGAUUUAGUGGUCAAAAGUUGUUGAAUAUGAAUGAAAAGUUUCAACUUAUCAACAAGAAGCAUGGAACUUCGUCUUCAUCAUUCAUCGGAAGUGAUGAUUAUGAUUAUAUCAACUAUGGAGCGACAGAUAAGUCAAGUGGAAGCGGUGGUAAGUCAUCAUCGUUAAAGAAAUAUUUUAUGAAGUUUGCUGGUGACAAGACCAGCGAUUCCACCAACUUAGAAGUCAAAAAUCUCUUCCAACUUAAACGUCAUCAACAUUACCACUCACAACCAGCUGGUCGUACAUCAACCAGCGAUGAAAAUGAUUUCGACGUUUUAAAUUUUUAAUUUCAUUUGAGAUUUUGAAUUUCUGAUAUCUGAAAGCAUUGUAUGAAAGGCAAAGGACAAAAAUUUCUAGAAAGAUGAAGAAAGUUUUCUUCUUGUUAAAGCUCUCAAUAAAAUGAGAUAAGGGAAGGACGAAGGAAGGUAAUCUGUAAGAUUAUGAACAACAAGAAGACGUUGAGUUUGCAGACAACUUGAAACUUUAUACCGAAAACAACAUGAAUGGUGAGGAAGUAAAAAUAAAAAGAAAAUUAUGCUAAUGUAAGAAAAUAUGGCGCGGAGUAUUUGAUUUUAAUUAAAUUUGGCUUCUCUCAAAAUCAACUUCUACUCAACUUUAAGCCACAAACACAAAGAAAUUAAAAAAGUAAAUGAAUAAACUUCAAACUAAGCUUUUCCUGCUUUCUAAGCAACAAAAUGAAAUAUUUCAUAAUCUCAUAGACUUCAAAACAAUUCAUUGAUAUUUUUAUUUGUUAUUAACUAGCAUUUGAUGAUCCUUUUUCGUUUAUAACUCGGAGUUUUUCUUCCUUUUCUUCUUUAGAGAAAACUUUUUAAAAAAUUAUAUAAAUUUCAUAUAUUUAUUAAUUAAACGCAUAAAUGCAUAUAUCUGAAAGAAAAAAAAAAAGAAAAGUUAAAAAAAAAGUUCUUUUCUUUAUUAGUAGAAGAAAUCAUAGCAGUAACAAUAAGAAGAAGAAGAAGAAAAUAUUAUUAAAUAUAUGAAAAAGUAAGGAUUGAUAACAUUUAGUGAUUUGUAAAGUUUUUUCCUUAGAAAAUGCUUCAGCCUUAAAAUUGGCUAAGCUGAAUAUAUGAGAUUAAGAACUUGCCCACAAAAUUCAUUUCUUAUCAAUGAUAACAAAAACAUUUUUAUAGCCAAACAUUGGAGAAAAGAAAAACAAGAAAAUCUUCUGUCCAUUGUUUUUCAAGUUACAUACUUACAUAUAAACUCAUAAUAAUGAUGAUAGAACAAAUAGAAAUCUUUGUCAUGUACGAUACAGAUAAUACAUAUAUCUUGAGUAAAUAUGUUUCAUCAUGAGGCUGCAAUGAAUGGCAAUUCAUUUGACACAAAAUAAAAAAUGAAAAUUAUAGCAAAAUUGUUGAUAAAACUAUGUAACUCAAUGACGAUGCAUUUAAGUAAACAAAUCACGAAUCUCAUAAAUUCAUUCGAAUAUCUUUUAUUGUUAUAAACUUUUGAUGAUACCAAAGAGAAAAGAAUUUUCUUCUUUUUAUUACGUAUAUCUAAAACAUAAAAUUUUCUAGGAUUUAUAAAUAAUUUUUAUUAUCGCAGUUUAGGUUUGUACAUAACGUUUAAGAUGACUAAGUUAUGAUUCAAAAUAUCAUGAUUUUCAGACUGAUAAAUGUGUCCCUAUUUAGUUUGUAUUUUCGCUCCUCUUUUCUGUUUUUUUUUACUCCACGAAACAAGAAGACAAGAAAAGAAAUUCUUUCAUAAAAGAAGCAAAAAUAAGAACAUAAAAAUGUAAAUAGUAGAAAGUAAGAGAUAAGACAUUUUUGUUUAUGAAUUUAUUAUGAUUUUCAAUCAAUCAUCUGAUGAAUGAAAGGGAUGAAAGUAAAGUAGAAAAAAAAGUAAAAACAUUAGCAAUAAAAGUCAACACAUUUUGCAUUAAUCAAUCAAUCAAUCAAUCA